UCGCACAGACAAGUUUUCCUCAGUGUGUGUGAUUGUAUGGAUCUCCAGCACAAAGCUCACAGAUCGCAUUCAGCAUGUCCGUGUGUCCUCCCCGGACUCAUAUCUGUGUGUUAUGUUUUUAAAGAGGCCUCAGGGGUGGAAAUAACCCUGUCUGGAUGAGUUUGAUGAAAAGGCGAUCUACUGGAUGAAGAGGAGGAGCCGCAUACACGUAUGCACAAACACACGGAGACAAUCGACCAGCAGCCACAUUUAUUAACUUAUGAAACAUGAGACGCUUCGGUCGGCACAACAUACACACAUCACGGUGCUAGAUGGUGGUUGUGAAGGCAGUACGUAAUGCUGAAGGGGCUCGUCCUGAGUCAGAAUGAGUGUCAAAGAUGGCAAUGGGACGACUAGCCAAGAUGGAAAGGCCUACGAACUUCAGAUCUACCCCCGACUCUCUCUGGAGACGGUGUUGUGCUGUACACUCAGAGUCACCAAGGAGGCCACCGCAGCUAGCGUCAUACGGGAUGCGGCAGCGACCCUUGGACUGGACACCAGAAAGCGAUAUGUCCUGGCCGAGGUGAAGGAGUGCGGUGGGGAGGAGUGGGUGCUGGAAUCGACCGAUCUUCCCGUGCUCAGGGUCCUUCUCUGGCCGAGAAAAGCCCAGGAGCAACAUUCUCAGAAAGAGGGAUUUUACUUCCUCCUGCAGGAGCGCAACCGCGAUGGCUCCAUCCGCUAUGUGCACCUGCCCGCCGAGGGGAACGAGCAGGAGUCCAAGCGACUGGUUGCUCGGGGUUUCCUCCCACCCCAGCAGGAGGACCUUGAGGACCUCUGUAACCUUCCAGUCCUAAGUGAGGACAGCAUCUUGGAUAACCUCCGCAUUCGUUUUCAGAAGAAGAAAAUUUAUACAUACGCUGGCAGUAUCCUCAUUGCCAUCAAUCCCUUUAAGUUCUUACCCAUUUACAACCCCAAAUACGUCAAAAUGUACGAGAACCACCAGUUGGGAAAGCUGGAACCCCAUAUUUUCGCCAUUGCCGAUGUAGCCUACUACGCCAUGUUGCACAAGCAUGUCAACCAGUGUAUUGUUAUCUCAGGAGAGAGCGGAUCGGGCAAAACGCAAAGCACUAACUUCCUCAUUCACUGCUUGACGGCUCUCAGCCAGAAGGGUUAUGCAAGCGGAGUGGAACGAACCAUUUUGGGUGCUGGACCAGUGCUGGAGGCAUUUGGCAACGCAAAGACGGCCCACAACAACAACUCCAGUCGAUUCGGGAAGUUCAUCCAGGUCAAUUACCUGCCGAGUGGAGUGGUGCGCGGGGCCGUGGUUGAGAAAUAUCUGCUGGAAAAGUCCCGUCUGGUGUCCAGAGAGAAGAACGAGAGGAACUACCACGUGUUUUACUAUCUGCUGGUGGGUGCGUCGGAGGACGAGCGGCGGGACUUCAGACUCCUGCAGCCAGAAGAAUACUUCUACCUCAAACAGUUAUCAGUGCUCUUGUAUCUGGGAAACGUGACGUACAGUCAGAAGUCGUCCGGCAGAGAGGAAGGUCUGGAGGUGGGGCCGCCGGAGGUGCUUUCCACACUCUCAGACCUGCUUAAGGUUAAGGAGGAGCUGUUGGUGGAGGCUCUUACCAAGAGGAAAACUGUGACCGUGAACGACAAGCUGAUUCUGCCUUACAGCCACAGCGAGGCGAUCACCGCACGAGACUCCAUGGCCAAGUCACUGUACAGCGCCCUGUUCGACUGGAUCGUCCUGCGCAUCAAUCACGCGCUGCUUAAUAAGAAAGACAUGGAGGAGUCCGUUUCGUGUUUAUCUAUUGGUGUGCUUGAUAUCUUCGGCUUUGAAGACUUUGAGACCAACAGCUUUGAACAAUUCUGCAUCAACUAUGCCAACGAGCAGCUUCAGUAUUACUUCAACCAGCACAUCUUUAAACUUGAACAGGAGGAGUAUCAGGCCGAGGGCAUCACCUGGCACAACAUCGACUACACCGAUAACGUGGGCUGUAUUCACCUCAUCAGCAAGAAGCCCACUGGACUCCUCUAUUUACUUGAUGAGGAGAGCAAGUAAGAAUUGGUUCAUUGCUCUCGGAACUCAUUUUUUGGAAAGAUAAGCACCAAUUUUUGUGCUGAUGUACAUUUCUUUCUUCUGACACCUGUUUUGUAGCAUGACCCUGCUAAUGUAAAUUGCCUCCAACAGGAUUUCCGUGAGAAGAACACGGAUCACAUGCGUCCGGAUAUCGUGGCUCUCUUGCGAAGCAGCGACCGCGCUUAUGUCCGGCAGCUGAUUGGGAUGGACCCGGGGGCGAUGUUCCGAUGGGGAAUCAUCCGCGCCACCAUCCGCGCAUUGGCCGCCUUCAACGAGGCCGGCCGCCGCUGGGCAGCCAAGACUGCGGGUGUGGUCCGACCGAACUCCAGAGUUCCUCUAGGAGAGCUGCAGAGAUCCAACGUUCCCAUUGAGAGGAUGUACCGCCAUGCUCCUAUGCUUGAUUUCUCCUUUGAUCAUUCAGAGGAGUGCCCUCUAGAGGCUUUUGAGGACAUCUUUGCUAGUUAUGAGAGUAAGAAGGACAUGCAUGCCCAAAUCAUCAACUCCAUUAAGGACUUGCAGUUGGAUGGAGAAGAUCCACGUAAGCUGCUGCAGUCCUGGGGUCGCCUGCGGUUCCCACGCCACGUCCUCCAGAAAAACAAGAACCCCAAGACCAGGCAACUCAUUCCCAAGAACCUGUUGGACACUCGGUCACUGAAAUUUGUAGUGGGCCUCCAUGACCGCACCACCAAGUCUUUACUUCAUCUGCACAAGAAGAAACGUCCUCCCAGCAUCAGUGCCCAGUUUCAAACGUCUCUUAGUAAGCUUCUGGAAACGCUGGGGAGGGCGGAACCAUUCUUCAUCCGAUGCCUCCGCUCUAAUGCUGAGAAGAAGGAAAUGUGUUUUGAUGAGGCGCUCAUUGUCCAGCAGCUGCGGUACACGGGAAUGUUGGAAACAGUGCGCAUAAGACGGUCAGGCUAUGGAGCCAAAUACACCUUUCAGGAGUUUACUGAGCAGUUUCGUGUGUUGCUACCAAAGAAUGCUGUGUCCCUGGAGGACAUAUCAUCUCUAUUGCACAGGCUUGGCUUUCACCACACUACCUACCAGAUUGGGAAAACCAAGGUGUAUCUCAAAGAACUCGAAAGGCAAAAGCUUCAGGACAUCCUCCACAAGGAUGUUAUGCGCAAAAUCAUUUUCUUGCAGCAUUGGUUUAGAGCUAAAAUAGAGAGGAUGGAAUUUGUUAGAAUGAGAGAGGCAGCCAUCUUGAUCCAGCGCUCAUGGCGUAGGUUCCGCAAAGAGAAGUUCUACCAAGCGGUGGUUUUGAUCCAAUCAGCAUGGCGAGGUUCCAAACAGAGAGCUGAAUAUCAAAAAACACGAGCAUCCGUCACAAAGAUGCAGGCACUUGCAAGAGGGCAUUCGGCUCGCAAACGGUACUACUCACUAAAGGAAGAAAAGAGGAAAGAAGAGGAAGCUCGGAGAAGAAAAGCAGAGGAGGCAGAAGAGGCCGCUAGGCGAGCUAAAGAGGCUGAGGAGGCAGCCAGACAACUCCGAGAGGAAGAAGAGGCAGCCAGGCGUGUCAGAGAGGAAGAGGAAGCAGCUAGAAGACAGAAGGAGCAAGAGGAAAGGGCAGCUCGGCUUGCUUUAGAGGAGAAGACGCUACUACAACAACCACCGGCACCAGGCAAGCAGUCUGACGAUGUGGAGACACUAGUGCUGGAGCGCAAUAAGGCUCCUGUGGAUGUUGAGAUUGAAAGUAAGGGCAGGACCCAAGUUGAUGUCUCAAAAGACCAAAGUCAUUCUGAGAAGGUUCCUCAAGUGGAGGCUGGUCCUGACCCUGAGGUUAAAGAACACCAGAAGCAAAAGGAAAAUGAAUCUUCUGCACAUCCCAGAGAGGAAGGUACACAAGCUAAACCCACGUCUCCUGAAAUCCCAAGUGGACAAAGCCAAAACAGAGCUCCUCCACUCUCCAAGCUGCCAGUAUCCAGAAGUCAAGAGAAACGGGAGCUUAGGAGACAACGGGGCCUAGAGCACAACCAGAGAGAAAGUGAGCGAGCAGCUUCAACCGGAAACGACGAUACUUCCUUCAAGAGCAAAACUCUAGAGAGACCAGGGAAAGUAGACAGCAAGUUGAAGGAGCGCUCUGACAGCAAAGAGUUGGAUCCGUACACCUUUGUGGCUUGGAAAAUAGACAAGGUGAAGAGGGAUGCCAAAGAUGUCCCACCUGAACUUGUUCGACCUUCCACCUUACCUUUAGAUAUCCCUACUUCAGGACCUGGAAGAAACGGCUACACAGACCCGUCCAUCGCCGCUCAACCUGCUCUUGCCAAAGAAGAGGCCAACAGGAAAAAAGAACCAACAAGAAGCAGCACUCAGCCAGAAAACCUCAUGGCAGGACCCUGCAGUCUGGAGGACAGGAACAUCAAAACUAUCCAGAUUUGCGGGAUCUCUAUGUCACUAGACGAUGUGUCCAAAAUAGGUUUGGGCGGUUCAUCACAGGGCAAAGCUCGUCAAAGAUGCAGGCCACGGCUCGCCCUUGCACGUAUAUGUUUGCCCAUUAAAAGUGUUGAAAUGGAGGAUGCAGAGUACUGGACUUAUCCUUUGCCCCCCACGAGUCCAUUAGAGACACAGUCCAGCACUGAGGUUGGUCCUGAAAGAGCGAAGGUCAGCACAUUGAAGGAAAAAGUUCAUGACAGCCACAGCCUGCAAGAUGUAUCACCUGUCCAGCCGUCGACCCCAGAGAGGACAACAAGGUUUUUCAGAAAGAUUCUGAAGAAGCGUCCCCAUAAAGAAGCUCAGACCCCGGAAGAUGGAGACCUGAGCCUAGCUUCCUUUUUGGAUCAAAAAGAAGCAACUUCUCCAUCACGCUCGCACAAUUCAAAGCCUCAUGCGAGUCGACCCGUUCGGACGGCCAGCAUCAUGAUCAGUCACUCAACAACUCGGGCCUCUGAGCAGUGCAACUCGCUGAACCGUGUGAUCACCAAUGCGAAUGAGCUACGCCACCUUGACGAAUUCCUGGGCAAUCAGGUGAAUGAUCUGCGCUCAAGGGGAAAGCAGCUUUCAGGAACAGAACACAUCUUCAUUACUGCCACUAUGCAGUUCAGAGAAAACAUCAAGGGGAUGUACUCAUUCUCUAACCCACAAAUUGGGUAUAAGGCUUUGAUGAAGAGCUACCACAAUAAAGUGAUCAGUCUAGCUGGAGAAAAGCAGAAAGGUGAGGUACCACUGGUGGUCAAUCUCUUCCAGUCAGUUCUGGACGGUUUCAUUAGAGCGGAGAUCAAAAAAGAAGAGGCCGAACCAGCCAAGCCCCCCAAAGGUCGUAAGAUGAGAAGGAAGGAUAAGGGCUUGGAGAAUCCAUUGGACCAUGUGUUUACGCACUACCAAGUCAACAUCAUGCAGUCUUGUGAUCAGUGCACCUCCUACAUCUGGGGUAUGGAGAAGGCCUACAUGUGCAGUUAUUGCAAAAUGGUUUGCCAUAAGAAGUGCAUUUGUAAAAUCGUCAUAGACUGCUCUACUUUCUGCUCUAAGAAGUGUGAUGAUGAGCCAGGAUCACAACACUUUGGUGUUCGUGUGUGCCACCUGGUCAACAACAAGACCCCUGUGCCAAUUGUUCUGGAGAUAAUGCUGGAACACGUGGAAAUGAAUGGCCUGUACACAGAGGGCAUUUACAGGAAGUCCGGCUCAGCCAAUCGCAUGAAGGAGCUACACCAGCUGUUGGAAGCAGGCCCAGAGAAUGUUUGUCUUGAGGAUUACCCCAUCCAUGCCGUCACUGGCCUGGUCAAACAGUGGCUAAGGGAGUUGCCUGAACCUCUCAUGACCUUCACGCACUACAACGACUUCCUCCGUGCAAUAGAACUGCCUGAGAAGCAAGAGCAAUUGCAAGCCAUUUACAAAGUUUUGGAACAGCUUCCAGCGGCCAACUUCAACACCUUGGAGAGACUCGUUUUCCAUCUUGUCCGGGUUGCAAAGGAGGAGAAGAGCAAUCGGAUGACGCCAAACUCUCUGGCCAUUGUUUUUGCCCCCUGCAUUCUCCGUUGUCCGGACAGCGCCGACCCGCUCAUGAGCAUGAAAGACAUCGCCAAAACCACCAUUUGUGUGGAGAUGCUACUUAACGAACAAAUCCGGAGAUACAAUGAGAGAAUGGAGGAGAUCGAGCAGCUGGAAUACGCUGAGGCACUGGCUGUCAGUCAACUCAAGCUAAAAAGACAAAACACGUGCUGGCAUUUACCUCUCAGAUUUAUCACUCCUUACAAAGAAGUGGCGGUUCGGGAGAAGCCAGCUUCCGACCUUUGUGCUGUACCUGAGAAUGAGCCCCUGGAUUCAGAUACAGAAGCUGAGCGAAGCCUGAUGGAGCGGAUCGAGUCCAUCAAGCAAGAAAAAGAGGACCUUGCCUGCAGGCUACCUGAACUAGAACAGCCCGGUUCUGACCAGGAGAACCUGGACUCGGAGGCAUCUGUCAGCUCUGAGAGCCUUUUGGACGAGCGAGCGGUCUGUUCAGACACGGAAGGACAAACAAUCGUAGUGCCAAGAUUAUCCAAACCAGCUUGCCUUCCUAAGUCUGUCACCCUGGCCCAAGGAGGCAGCACAUGGGCUGACGGCCCCUCUCUUCCUUCACUGUCUUCUCCCAGGCUUCAGCUCCAGCGUCGCCACCCUAUCAUCCCCAAAACGGUCAAGCUGCCCCCAGGAGUCUUGUGCCACCCGGCUGUACAGUCCCUCCCUCCCCGCAAAGCCCAGUCCCUCACCCUCGUCCAGCGGCGCGAGCAACCCGGCCGCCGCAAAGACAGCAUCCAGUCUCUCUACAUCACCGCUGGAACAGAGCUCCUCUUCCCGUCCUCACCUACAGCCUCAGACACCUCCAGCGCACAGGAGCUCCAGACCUCCUCACGACGUUUCUCAGACCCGGACAUUGCUUUCGUAAAGGACGAGGUUUGAGUUGCAAAGCUGCCUGCUCUCGAAAGAACAAUUCGUAGUGACUGAUAAAGAGAAUGGUCUCACCUAGCACUUUUCCAUACUAAUAAUAUAUUGGAUUUUUAGAGACUUUUUUUAAGACUCAGAUUUGUGUGGCAUUUAGGCGUUGACAUGCGUCAAUGCUUGAUGCUUGAUUUUUUUUCUUUAGCAU